AUGCCCAAUGUGUCGAUGGAAGUCCUGCACAUAAGUUACCUGAACGAGAAGAUCUUGCCCGAUGAAAUUCAAGCUUCAAGCUUCCAGUACCGCCUUGCUUCUGAUGCAAGAGUGAAAUAUGGGUUGACGUUUAUGAAAAGCGUUCAGACACAGGCAAACGAAUCAUCCCCGACUCCCACGAUUAGUGGGAGAAGGGUUGUUGUUUGCAAGAAACGUCCAGGCACCUGCAAACGCAUGCCCCUCCGUUCUGUCGUCCUAGCAGGCCGUUUGCUGUCAAACUUCCGUGCCGCUCUCCUCGAGCGCUUGCUGAGCACUUCUGUCCUCCUGAACUUGUUCCUCACGACCACUUUGACUAUCCCGUUUAUUAUGAUGCUCUUUAUUACCCCCAAUACCACACCUCUCACUUUGAAACACCCCAAACUUUUUGCUCCUGGCUCCUGCAAUGUCUUCAAACCCAUCAUGUAUCGUGCCCUUCUUGCUCGUCCCCCUUUCACCAUUGAGCACAACCUUGCUGCCCUAUCAGUUCCCGUGCUUAAGCAGUGUGCCGUUGCGCUUCCUGGGACGAAAGUUCAGCGAGGGUCGAAGGCUGUUCUUGUACGCGCGAUCCUACAAUCGUUUCAGACCGCACGCUCUGAGUUUACGGGAUUGUCCUGCGCUUGUGCCACCUCUCGAUUGCAUGACGUCCAGCUACCUUCGUCGUAUGUUGCCGAAGUUCUUCGUCGUCCUCCCCCUGCGGCUUAUGCGGUUCACCCUUGCCUUGUUUCGCCCAUACCUUGGACGUCGCUUUCGACCGAAGAGCUUGUCCGCAGGCUACUCAAGCUUUCUGUGGACACCCUGACUAAUUCCAUCCACCUUCUUCCGUUGUUCAGGCGGCCUGCCAUCAAUAGUCGCUCCCGUGCAAAAAUGUGUAACGGUCUCGCUGUGGGAUCCCAUGUAUUGAGUGCCAUAUGGCUGUCUUAUUUCCCAUUUGAGCAUCCUUUCGCCCACCCCGACUCCCAUUACAUCCUAACCGUCCUUGAGGUCGAGUAUGGCCCUGACGUGGUUCGCAGCCUGUCCCAGGAAGUCCAGUCUCCUGCCAAUCGCCUCAAGAUGAUGCGUCGCGAACAGAGGAACAUACAUCUCCGUGAAGAGGUUCAGCUGUCAUUGCAGCGUCAACAGCAGUGGCCUGUCCUUGUGCCAAACGAGACA